GGCGGAAGUGGGGGCCCUACCUGCUGGGUCCUAGUCCCGGACUGAACUGAGGAGCCCGAGCGCGGCCCAGCUGGGCCAUUAGGCCCCAGGCAGGUCCAGAGCACCGAUGGAAAAGAAUCUCCCUGAAGGCGCAGGCCCCGUGCACGUGCCUUUUGGGCAUGUUGUAGCUAAUGAAAAGUGGCGAGGGUCUCAACUGGCGCAGGGGAUGCAAGGGAAAAUUAAACUCGUUUUUGAGGAUGGCCUGACACCAGAUUUUUACCUGUCCAGCAAAUCCUGCAUUCUCUAUGUCACUGAAGCUGAUUUGGUGGCAGGAAAUGGCUACAGAAAAAGAAUUGUUCGAGUUAGAAAUUCUGGUAACCUUCAAGGGAUCAUAAUAGUUGAAAAAACACAGAUCAAUGAGCAGUACUUCCCAGCCAUACAGAAGUUCACUGUACUGGACCUUGGGAUGGUGUUACUUCCAGUGGCCAACCAGAUGGAAGCCUCUUGCCUCAUUGUUCAGUUAGUACAAGAGCACUCCAAAGAACCCAGCAAGAACCCUUUCCUCAGGAAGAAACGGGCUCUGCUCUCUGAGCCAUACCUCCUUCGAACUGUGCAGCAGAUCCCAGGAGUUGGAAAAGUUAAAGCUUCUCUUCUGCUUCAGAAGUUUCCAAGUAUCCAGCAACUGAGUAAUGCUUCUGUUCAAGAACUUGAGCCGGUAGUAGGACAAAUGGUAGCACAGCAAAUCUACACCUUCUUCACCCAGUCCAGGUGACAGCUGCCCUCAUCUACUGUUUUCUUUUGACCAUGAACUACGGGAUCUGGUUUUCAUAUUUAAAAAACAAGAAAAAAAAAAAACAGGCACAGUGGCACACACCUCUAAUCCCAGUGGCUGGAAGGCUGAGGCAAGAGGAUCAAGUUCAAAGCCAGCCUCAGCAAUGUAGCAAGACGCUGUCUCAAAUUUUUAAAAAGGGCUGGGAAUGUGGCUCAGUGGUUAAGUGUCCCUGGGUUCAAUCCCUGGUGUAAGUCCCCUCUCCUCAAAAAAAAAAAAAAAGCCUAAGAAAAUAGAGUAUUUUACAGCAUUUAGUGAAAGCUGAGGUAGGCCUAAUGGAGCCUGUGGUUAUGCUGCUGUACUAAGUUUGGACAUUUAAGUUACCCUCAGGUAACUUCUUACCUUCUGCUAAGAUGGGAAAAAAAAAACCAGCCUAAAUCUUCCUAAGAAA